AGAGAGAGAGAGAGAGAGAGAGAGAAAAGUUGAUAUUGGUAGUGUGUGACAGUAGUGAGAGAGAACAAAGCAGCAGCAGAAGCGAUAGUAGUAGUAGCAAAAAACAGCAAAAGAGAAACAGCAAAUGAAAUGAUGCCCCAAAAUGGUCUCCUUCUGUCUCCUCUUUGGGAAUUUCCAAGCCUGUUGUUGAUACAAAACUAGAAAAUUCAACAUCUUUAUAGCUUCCUCGACGAUUCGUUAAUGGAAGAUCUUAAUUUCCCUCUUAAUGCUACGUGGUAGGCGCGACAAAAAAAGAAAAGUGGGUAACCUUUCGGUUCAAAAAUCAGUGAUGAUGGGGGUGACUUCGGCCUGCAAAGAGAGUAAAAUGGGAAUGGACAAUGGAAAAUAUGUGAGGUACACGCCGGAGCAGGUUGAAGCCCUCGAAAGAGUUUACCACGAAUGCCCUAAACCGAGUUCACUUCGUCGGCAACAGCUGAUUCGCGAAUGCCCAAUUCUCUCCAACAUUGAUCCAAAGCAGAUCAAAGUCUGGUUUCAGAACCGAAGAUGUAGAGAGAAGCAGCGAAAGGAGGCAUCACGUCUCCAAACAGUGAAUAGGAAGUUAACUGCAAUGAAUAAGCUUUUGAUGGAGGAAAAUGAUAGGUUGCAGAAGCAAGUAUCUCAGUUGGUGUAUGAGAACAGCUAUUUCCGCCAACAAACUCAGAACGCAAACCUUGCCACCACAGACACGAGUUGCGAAUCGGUGGUGACAAGUGGUCAACAGCACUUGACUCCGCAGCAUCCACCAAGGGAUGCAAGUCCCGCAGGACUUUUGUCUAUUGCUGAGGAGACUUUAACAGAGUUUCUAUCAAAGGCCACUGGAACCGCUGUGGAGUGGGUCCAAAUGCCUGGGAUGAAGCCUGGUCCGGAUUCCAUCGGAAUCAUUGCUAUUUCUCAUGGUUGCACUGGAGUGGCAGCUCGUGCAUGCGGCCUUGUUGGUCUAGAACCUACAAGAGUGGUUGAAAUCCUCAAGGAUCGGCCUUCAUGGUAUCAUGAUUGUCGAGCUGUGGACGUUCUUAAUGUGUUGUCUACUGGAAACAGCGGAACCAUUGAACUACUUUACAUGCAGGUCUAUGCGCCAACUACUUUGGCUCCAGCUCGUGAUUUCUGGUUACUGCGCUAUACAUCUGUUUUGGAGGAUGGAAGCCUUGUGGUCUGUGAAAGAUCACUGAACAACACUCAAAAUGGUCCCAGUAUGCCACCAGUGCAGCAUUUUGUGAGAGCAGGGAUGCUGCCAAGUGGGUAUCUGAUAAGACCCUGUGAAGGGGGUGGAUCGAUCAUCCACAUUGUUGAUCAUAUGGAUUUAGAGCCAUGGAGUGUACCUGAAGUAUUGCGUCCACUGUAUGAGUCAUCAACCUUGCUUGCUCAAAGGACAACAAUGGCGGCUUUACGCCAAUUGAGGCAGAUUUCACAAGAGGUUUCUCAGCCAACUGUCACUGGUUGGGGGAGAAGACCUGCAGCUCUGCGUGCACUUAGCCAGAGAUUGAGCAAGGGUUUUAAUGAAGCCGUUAAUGGGUUCACAGAUGAAGGAUGGUCUAUAAUUGAAAAUGAUGGCAUUGAUGAUGUCACCCUUCUUGUGAACUCAUCUCCUGGCAAAGUGAUGGGUGCAAAUCCUUCGUAUGCUAAUGGAUUUCCAUCUAUGAGCAAUGCGGUCUUAUGUGCCAAAGCAUCCAUGCUUUUACAAAAUGUGCCUCCUGCAAUACUUCUUAGAUUCUUGCGGGAACACCGAUCAGAAUGGGCAGAUAGUGGUAUUGAUGCUUAUUCAGCUGCUUCUGUUAAAGCUGGUCCUUGUAAUUUGGCAGGGCCUCAAGCUGGAUCUUUUGGUGGUCAGGUUAUUCUUCCAUUGUCUCACACAAUUGAGCAUGAAGAGUUCAUGGAAGUAAUCAAGCUUGAAAAUUUUGGACUCUAUCGAGACGACAUGAUUAUGCCUGGAGACAUAUUUCUCCUGCAACUUUGUGGUGGAGUGGACGAGAAUGCCAUUGGUACCUGUGCAGAACUGAUCUUUGCUCCAAUUGAUGCCUCUUUCUCUGAUGAUGCACCUCUUCUACCAUCUGGUUUCCGCAUAAUUCCUCUUGAUUCUGGAACAGAUGCCUCUAGUCCAAAUCGUACCCUUGAUCUUGCAUCUUCCCUUGAGGUUGGACCAACUGGAAAUAGAGGUUCUGGUGAUCAUUCUGGUCAUGGCAGGAAUGGAAAAUCUGUUAUGACAAUAGCGUUUCAAUUUGCAUUCGAGAUCCACCUUCAGGAAAAUAUAGCAGCUAUGGCCCGUCAGUAUGUGCGCAGUAUCAUAGCAUCUGUUCAGAGGGUGGCAUUGGCACUCUCUCCUUCUCAUCUUGGUUCUCAUGCUGGUUUACGGUCACUGCCAGGCACUCCAGAAGCUCAAACACUUGCUCGUUGGAUCUGUCACAGUUACAGGUGCUUUUUAGGCGUGGAGCUACUUAAACCUGAUAAUGAUGGAAGUGAAUCGAUCCUCAAGUCACUUUGGCAUCACUCAGAUGCUGUGAUGUGUUGCUCUUUGAAGGCAUUGCCAGUUUUUACAUUUGCAAAUCAGGCAGGACUUGAUAUGCUUGAGACAACACUGGUAGCACUUCAAGACAUUACAUUGGAGAAGAUUCUUGAUGACCAUGGAAGAAAGGCCCUCUCCUCUGAGCUCCCACAGAUUAUGCAACAGGGAUUCGCUUGUCUUCAAGGUGGUGUCUGCUUGUCAAGCAUGGGAAGGCCAGUGUCCUACGAGAGAGCAGUAGCUUGGAAGGUGUUAAGUGACGACGAAACUGCUCACUGCAUCUGCUUCAUGUUCAUCAACUGGUCAUUUGUCUGACAUUCUGAACAACAAGAACUUAGGUUUUAGAUCAAAACUAGAUAAGAACAUCAUCCUCCUUUUUGUCCUCCUGGCAUGGAAUGACCCAGAAAAGCCAGAACUGCCUCUACACUGUUUAAGCAAGCUGUAUUCAAGGCAUUUCAGGUUAUUUUUGGGUACCCUACACUCUGUAUUUCGCUUAAUCCCUAGUUUAUGAAUUGUUAUCCUUCGUUUACACUUGGUUACUACUCAAUGUGAUCAGUUACUAUUUAUGUGAUUGCCCUCAACUUUUAGAA